UGGUAGUUGCUACCUAUAGUAAUUUUGAGUUGUAGUGCCUACUAUGUUACAACUGUUGUUUGUUUUGAUUAUGGUCUGAUAAAAUCGUGGGCGGAUAAUGAUAUGUUGUGUGUUUUUAAUUUAAGUUUUAUAAAAUACUACUAUUUAGAAUUUUAGCAGUUAUAGUCUUAUAGACAGUCUAGUAUAGUAGUAUUAUUAGCCCGUACGGAUUAUCAAAUUAAAUAUUAUGAUCAUUUUCUGUUUUUGAGUUGAUUUUAAUAUUAUUUACGUUUAAUACCACCAUGACUGCUGAUAGAAGAACAACUACUGACUAUCGUUUACAACUUUUACAAGAAAUGCGAUGUCAGAAUUAUGAUAUGAUACGUUUUGCAUCUUAUAGAACAGCAUGUAAACUCAGAUAUGUGCAAAAAAAAGUUUAUUUACAUAUGAUUGAUAUAUGGAAUGUGAUUGAAGCUUUUCGUGAAAAUGGAUUAAAUACAUUGGAAUCUCACGUCGAAGUAAAUGUUUCCAAAUUUGAGACUCUUAUAACCAGUCUGUAUCUUAAUUUGAAUAAACGAUUACCUACUCAACAACAUGUACAUGAUGAUUUAUUAACUACAAUUCUUCUUAAUUGGAUUAUGUCAGUGUAUUCUGCGAACGAUACUAUGGGAAGAAUAAGAGUAUUAUCUAUAAAAGUAGCUUUAGUUACAAUGUGUUCAGGAAAACUUAUGGAUAAACUUAGAUAUAUAUUUUCACAAAUAUGUGAUCAAAACGGACAUAUGGUAGCUUGGAAAUUUCGAGAAUAUCUACAAGAAGUAUUAGUACUUCCUUCAGCUGUAUAUGAAUCUCCUUCUUUUCAUUAUAGUGAUCAGAUAUCGGCUGAAAUAUUUUCUGGGAAUGGUAAAGUAACUGUAAAUGAUUUUAUGGAUUCAAUGAUGUCAGAUCCUGGACCUACUUGUCUUGUAUGGUUACCAUUAUUACAUAGAUUAGCUAAUGUCGAAAAUGUUACUCAUCCUAUUUCUUGUGAUGCUUGUCGACGUGAUAACUUUACUGGAUUUCGAUAUCGUUGUCAAAAAUGUCAUAAUUUUCAAAUGUGUCAAGAAUGCUUUUGGAGAGGACGAGUUGCAUCCAGUCAUACAAUUGAACAUGAUGUUAAAGAGUAUACUAGUUAUAAAUCUCCAAGUAAACAAAUUGGACAUUCUCUUCGAAAAUCAUUUCGUUGUGUACCAGAAAAAGAAAAGGCUAAUAUACCACGCUUUCCUGAAGAACCAGAAAAGACUAUAAAUUUAUCACAUAUAAUACCUCCAUCACCUUUGCCAUGUCAUAAUGGUUUUUCUGACUUAUCUAUUAGUAGUCAAUUUAAUACAUUGGAUAGUAAAACAAGUUCAAGGAGUCCUGAUAAGCGCACAAUGAGUUUAGAUUAUACCUCAAUGGAUGAUGAACAUAAAUUAAUUGCCCGUUAUGCUGCACGACUAGCUGCUGAAGCUAAAGUAGGUAGAGCCCCAUCAGAAGGUUCUUUAAGCUUGGAUACUUCUAGAGCUCAGAGAGAACUUAUUAUUCAACUGGAAUCUAAAAAUAGAGAAAUUAUGAAAGAAAUUUCAAGACUAAGAAAACAACAAGAAAUGGAAGGUUUUUGUUCUGGAUUUUCUGAAGAUAAUCCAGCACUUAUGAGUGAACUUCGGGCAUUGAGAAAUAGAAAACAUGAAUUAGAAUCACAUUUAACAUCUUUACAGGAUUCUAGAAGACAAUUAAUGGAUCAAUUGGAGGGAUUAAUGAAACUUCUGAAAAACCAUCAAGGGUCUCCACGUUCAACUCCAAAUUCAUCACCACGUUCAACUAAAUCUCCUCCUUCCUCAAAAUCAGCACCUCCAACACCCGGUGGAACGUUGACUUCAGCUUCAUCACUGUCUAUCAUGUCUAUGUCUGACUCAUCAAUGGUUGGAGAUGUAAGAUCAGCAUUUACUGGCAACUCCCUAGCAUGUACACCUGUUAGUACAUCUAGUUUAAGUUCUGGUGCAAGUGGUUCUGUGACUAGUGGUAAUCGAAGUUUAAGAAAUGAUUUAUUAGUUGCUGCAGAUUCUGUGACAAAUGCUAUGUCAUCAUUAGUCAAGGAGUUAAACUCUGAGAGCCCGGUGAAUGAAAAUAUAUCCAACUCUGCAAUUCUUAAACCAUUAGGCUAUAACAAAAAAGAAGAUGAAAAUAUAAAAAUUAAUAAAGAUUUUAGAAGUGAUAGUUUAUCUAGAAGUCAAUAUACUAAGGCGAAGAUGCAAAAUAAUCAAACAGAUAGUUGCACAUCUCCUGCUAAUAUAAAGCGUGCUACUAAUACUGGUUCAAAAACUAAUUCUCCAGAAGCUGAUUCUAUGACACGAUGGCGAUAAUUUUCCGUAAUUAUCUGUAGUUUAAUUUUGUUUGACUUUUACAAUUUUGAUUUAUUUUUUAAGUAUUAUUUAUGUAUAAUAUAAUAAUAAUGGUAGUUUUUAAAUUAAGUCAUUAUUUGUUUUUUUUUUUUUGUUAUGUGUUUACUAUUUAAUAUCUAUUGUUGAUUAGGUUUAUAUUAUUCUAUAAUUGAAUUAGCUUUAUUUAACUUACUCAUUAUUGAUUGUUACCUAAUGGGAAGUAUUAUACAAUAUGAUUGAUAAAAGUAUUAAUUUGGACAGUAUAUAAUAUUAGUCUUCCAAUCUCUAAAAUAACUAAAGAAAAGAAAGUAUUAUGUGUUAAUUUAAUUACCUUUAAAAAUUAAUUAUUAUUAAAAACUAUGAGUAUACUUAUUAAGUAAUUUAAAUUAAUUUUUAUUAGUCGGCUGUAAUUUAAUCAUUAAUAUCUCAAAAUUUUUGAUAUCUUGAAUAUAUACAUUUUUCCUUCAAACAUUAUAUAUCCUAAUUGGUUUUUUGAUAUCUAAACAUUUCUACUGAAUUUUUUUUUCUUUAAAAUUUAAAAUUACUUAGAAAUUACUAUUUUUAUGUAUUGACAGUUUUUUUUAUAAAUAUGAUAUUCAUCUAAAAGGUUUUUUUAUAUGUUUAAAUUUUUCUAAAUAAAAAUUACUUCAAACGAUGUAUAAAGUAAAACUUUUUUGAAAAAUCUAUAAUUAUUUUCAGAUAACUCAUUAUAUAGCACAGUUAAAUUAAGAAUGAUUUGUUUUUUACCAAAAGUAUAAAGUAGAGUAAAGUCAAUUUUAUCAAUUUUUCUAAAAAUUAAAUCUUAUUAGACAAGUAUACAUGUAUGUGUCAGAUAUGUAUUUUUUUUUAUUACCUAAAUUAGUUUUAAAGAAGUAUUAAAUUAUGGUAAUCAAUUGUAUUAUUAUUAAUAAACUAUAAUAUACAUAUUAAACCUAUCUUUAAUUAUUUGACAAUUAAAAAUAGAUUUUUAUAAUA